AUGCGCUGUGCUCUUUUUCUUUUUGUCUUUUACUUUUUCUAUUUACUUCUUGUUUUCUUUUCGGCCAUUUCCUCAAUUAUUUCCAGAUUCUUAAUCAUGAAGAAAAUACUCCUUCUCUCAUUCCUAGCUCUCACAGCCUCGUCUCAAACCCCACCCCUUGAAGACCCGUCAAAAGUCAAAGACGUCGUAGCCUCGGCGAUAUCCUCUCUGAUCUCCUCGCCCAGUCUCCUAACGUCUCAAGUCCUCCAAACAUUUUUCUCUCCAAUCAGCACUGUGCUAGCACGCAACUCAUACGUCUACCGCAAUGGAACAAGUCUGUACCUCAAUGGCGAGCGAUGGACCGCCAGCGGUGCCAACGUCUACUGGCUUGGCCUUGACGAGAACGUCAUACCGCCACAAGGAGAACCGUUUUAUGCGCCUUUCAACGCGAGUUAUCCUACCAAGGGACGCACGACUGAGAUUAUGAAUACGCUCGUUACGAUUGGUGCGAAGCUGAUUAGGAGUCAGACUUUGGGUGUCAGUGUUGGAAAUCCGUUGAGUUUGAUGCCGACGAAGGGAGUGGUUAACACGGAUGCUUUUGAGGCGAUUGAUUGGGCUGUCUAUCAAGCGAGGCAGCAUGGAUUGAGGAUUAUUGCGCCUUUGGUUGAUAACUUCGAUUACUAUCACGGCGGGAAAUUCACCUUUCUCCGCUGGCACGGCUACAAUAUCUCUGGAAGUGCAUCUCCCCUCCCACCCGACACGUUGAAAUUCUACACCGAUGAAGCCAUCAUCGGCACUUUCAAGAACUACAUUGAAAUCCUCAUGACGCAUGUAAAUCCCUACACAGGCCUCUCCUACGCAGACGACCCAACAAUCAUCGGUUACGAAACCGGCAAUGAGCUCAACGGCAUUGUAUGGGGCGACAAAAACGUCCCUGUUGACUGGAUAGUGGAAAUCUGCACCCUAGUCAAAUCCCUUGGGCCUAAGAAACUCUGUAUUGAUGGCACGUAUGGUGUCAAUAAGACGCAUUUCGUGAUUGAGGAGGUUGAUAUCUUUUCGGACCAUUUCUAUCCUCUUAACAACACGCUUUUGGAAUCUGAUAUUGCAGCGGUGGAGAGUGCGGAUAGAGUGUAUAUUGCUGGGGAGUUAGGUUGGACCGCGGAGGCUACGGCGAAGAGGGGGGAUUCAUUAAGGAGUUUCUACGACGUUAUCGAGAAGAGGCAGAAGUUGGAGAAGCCUGUUGUGGCGGGGAGUUUGAUUUGGAGUUUAUUCGGGAGGAAUGUGCCGGACUGUGGGACGUAUGUACCCCACAAUGAUGGAUAUACCAUGCAUUAUGGCAGUCCGAAUAAUUCUGCGGCGGAUGAUGCGCAGAUUAGUACAAUGAGGCAGCAUUAUUUCGCAAUGCAGGGUAUUACUGUUGAUAGUUAUCUGCCUUCUGUACCUUGUCCAGGGAAUUACAUUCCUGGGUACGAUGCAGAGUACACUUACGUGUAG